UAAUAAAAUCAUUUAUUCCUCAAAAACAAGGCUGUAGACUGAAGCAUUAACUUGUUAUCUGUUAGAAUCCAUCGUUUCUGUUCGCUAGAUUUCAUUAUUUUUUGUGUUUGAUUAACUUUUGUCAAGCGAGUUCUACACGCGAAAUCUACUUCCGGGUUUGAACAAGGUUGCGUAAAAUAACAAUAGCCCAAACCAUGGAGUUUAAAGGUCAAUGAUAUCUUAUUCGGCCAAUAGUAUUCGCCCAUCUGGUUGACAAAAUCAGGGGAUUCCCCACGUUAGAGCGAAAAGCAAACGCGAUUGGUCCAUGCGUAACCAUCAUGUUCGGUUGCUUGUGUUUUGCCUGGCCAUGUGCGUAAAUGACCUUCUCGCAGUUGCGCAUAGCGGUGUUUCCCCGACAGCGCGAAAUUUAAAAAACUCAGGAAGAUGCAGCGUCGCUAUUUUAAUACGGAUAAAGUCCUACAGCUGUUAUUUGACGACGACAUUGAUGAUGACAUUGAUUGUCUCAGUAAUGGAUAUCCUGACAGCAUGGACUCAGCUGAGGAGGAGCCGUUUGACGAGCGCAUAGAUCCCGUUUUGGACGUAGGGGAGUCUCCUGUAGAUGUGGAGGUGGACAGUGGAGAAGAACAGAGCGGGACAUGCCCUACACAAAUUGGCAGAUGAAUUGGGAGCUUCAGAACAUCUGGUGCAGGUUGCUGCAGCUUCUGCUGAAAUACAGAGGCUGUCUGGAGAUAUCACAAUACCAGCCACCACUUCUGCUGCUGCCCCUCCAAAGCCUUCCACCUCCACUGCUCCUUCUGUUGCCCCACCACAGUCUGCUAGUCACCGGCUACAGCCUGCCACGGCCACUGCUGCUGCUGCGGCUGCCUCCUUCUCCCGGCCUGCUGCCGCUGCCUCCUCGUGCCGCAAGCGACCUCCUGCUGAGACUGUCACCCUCUCCCCCUCCUCUCCUGCCCGCCGUCGCCCUCCAGUUGCCUCUGCUGCACGCUGCAAGGGUCCCUGCUGCUGCUGCGGCUGCCUCCUCCUCCCGGUCUGCUGCUGCUGCGGCUUUGCCUCUGCUGCACGACGCAAGGGUCCCUCUCCUGCACGCCGUCGCCCUGCCCCACCGCAAAGCCAGCUGUGCAACACAGCAGAUGACGACCCUGAUGCCUGAGCAGCGCCGUGACAUGCACAUGCAGGCAAUAGAGAAAGUGGCAAUAGCCAACCUGAGAAGGCUGCGGGAGUCCAACCCUGUACAACCGAUGGUGACGACCCUGGAUAUGACAGCCGAGGACCUGGAAAACGCCCCAGGCCUACCCGUCCCGCCUCCAGAGGAUGCCGCUGGCCCGUCCGACGCUGCCCGCCCCUCUGGCUUGGAAUGCCCUGGAUGCAGACUCUCCAGAGAUUAA